UUCCAAUCCCCUCCAUAUCAUGUGAUUCAGGUGUUCCAAUCCCCUCCCAAUCAUGUGAUUCAGGUGUUCCAAUCCCCUCCAUGGACACAGGUGUAUACAAUCAAGCCCCUAGGCAUGCAGACGGCUUCUACAAACAUUGGUGAAAGAAUGGGUCGCUCUCAGGAGAUUCUCAGUGACUCCAAGCGUGGUCCCGUGAUAGGUGGCCACCUGGGCAAUAAGUCCAUCCGUGACAUUUCCCUGGCUAAUCUAAAUAUUCCACGCUCAACUGUUAGUGGGAUUAUAACAAAGUGGAAGCCACUGGGAACAACAGCCACUCAGCCA